CGACAGCCGUGUAAGCUUUACGAAUUCUACAUCCUUGUUAAUUUCACACAGAAAUAAAUCUUAAAGGAUGCAGCAUAGUGUGAGAGGUUGUACUACUGAUCGACAAAUUUAGUGAUAAUGUGCAAAAAUAAUAACUUAUUCUUCAAAACAUGGACGUUGGUCUUCUAUGUGUAUUAUGUCACCAACAAUUCAAUGUUACAAGCCAUGGAAACAGAAAGUGUUACCGCGAGUUCUAGAUCUACGGGCUACCCAGUAAAUAAAGCACUGAGGCUUGUGCGCGAUCUUCCCACCACACCAGGCUGGGCUGCCAUUCAACAUGACGAUAAACAACUUGUUAACAGAACCAUAAAAACAGAAAGUUUUGCCGAGUAUCCCAGAUAUGUUACUUGGCUAGAGAAGACAGAACUCACGCUGGUGUGCGAUUCUGCUAACACAUCAGCAUGGGCUGCCAUCCAACAUGAAGAUAGAGUACUUGUUAACGGAAGUACAUUGUCGUCCGUUGUUUCAUACACCCUCCCAAGUCUGUCAUGUAAAGAUAUGGGACAUUAUAUGUGUGAAACAAAUACGACUCGACACUUGUAUGUGUUAGUUUUUGGAUGUCCACCAAAGCUGUGUCUACCUCACGAUAAAGUGUUGGAAGCUGAUCUGAGAGAAGACGUUAUGUUCGAUGUUUGUGUACUGAUUCCCGCACCCUUCAGUAAUAUGCCUAUAACGGUUAAUUACAAAAAUACCUGGCUGUACAAGGGUCAAUGUGUAUCGAGAUUAUGUGUGACAUGGACCAAUGUUGAAUUUUAUCGUUUUAACGUGAAGAUACUUAUCUCCAAUGUGUCAAAGGAAGACUAUGGAGAAAUCAAACUCAAGUUUGGCACUUCUCAUGCAUAUGAAAAUUAUACCUUCAAUUACUUUCCGCUACUAGUACCAAGAAGUACAAAUGACUCCAACGAAGAUACAAAAUACAUGUUAGUCUUUAUGGCUCUAGGGGUGUUCUGUUUUAUUGGUUGCGGCUUCUUAAUCUUUAAAAAAGGUUGUUUAGUAAGACAAAGUAUUCAGCAAUUUCGACAAGACUUCGUGUCAAGGUGUUAUUGUUUACGACAGAAUUAAUCGGGAAACCAAAACAGGGGUACGUAAUUUUGCAGCAUUUUUGGAGGCAGACCACGAUUAUUUAUAAGUAUAUGAUAAACAAAACCCGGAGCCUUCUGUGGAACAUGCUUAUAAUGAAGACAGGGAAACAAUUAAUCCUAAAAACCUGUAUGAUGAUAUUCAAGAUACUUCUCCAAAUACUGUAGAUGAUUAUAUCUCUGUUGUUUAGAACAAUUUGAUUACACGUAUGAUAUGACUCAAAACUUUUUAAAUAUUUAAUAUAUAUUCUGAACAUAUUGUGCUUUAUUAAGAAAAUAAUCAACUUAUUAAGGAUUAUUAUGUACGUGAUUGUUUUAUGUGAAAGGCUCGAGCCCAAGACUGUCGGAACAGCAGUAGUGACUUAUCCACUCUGCCGGCUCAAACACUUAUAUUUUUUUAGUGUUUAUUUUAAUGUUUGAAAAUGAAUUAUAUAAAAAAAUAAAGAUUUUAGUAAAGUAAGUAUGUAUUACAAUAGCAAAUAAAUAUAAGCAAAACUCUUAAUAGUUUAAGUAUAUUCAAAUAAAAAAAUUAAACGAUUCAACUAUUUUAUAGUUGUGUAUUAUUAUAUAUUUAAAGAAAACCAUAUAUUUUCUCAUUUUAGUGCAUUAUUAAAUAAAAGCUUGGUAUUAACAUUUUUCAAAUUCAACUUUUUACAAGCUUUUAUACAAGCUUCCUCUGAAUGUCUAUCUGUCUAGCAGUCGUACAAAACUGGCGAGAGUAAUUUCGAACACUUCGAACUGACCGAUUCGUUUCAAACUUUGCAAAGCUUGAUGACAUUGCGACCUGACAUUCAAUUUGAUUUAAUUGGAUGCAUAAUUAAUCUUUUAAAGAAUUAAAUAAAAUUCCCUAUACAAAAUACUUUUUUUUCGCAUUUCUCAUGUUCAUUUGAUGCG